CGUUUCUCGAGAGAACCAUAUCGAUCACAGCACAAUGAGCGCAGCGGUGGUGGUGACCAAGUCCUCGCCGGUGCUCGUCGUCCCAUCGGAGUCGGAGACGGCGGCGGCUCCGGUGAUAGCUGCCGACACAGUCGCCCUCUCCUCGUUCGACCUGUGGAUGCUGCCAUUUCCGAUGAAGCUGCUGCUCGCGUUCGACCGUCCGAUCCACGAGCCCGUGGAGACGAUCAAGAGGGGCCUGUCGCGGGCGCUGGCUCACUACCGCCCCGCCGCCGGCCGCCUCGACGGCAGGGGCGGCAUCGCGUGCACCGGCGAGGGCGUGGCGUUCGUGGGAGCGUCGGCCGGCUGCGCGCUGGACGAGGCCGUGGCCACGCUGCCGCAGAUGGACCUCACCGCCCGCUGCCCCGGCGUGCUAUGCCACGACGCUGACCCUUUGCUGCUGUUGCAGGUCACGGAGUUCUCCUGCGGCGGGUUCGCCGUCGGCGUCACGUGGAACCACGUCCUGGCAGACGGCGCGGGGAUUGGGCAGUUCCUGCAGGCCGUCGGCGAGCUCGCGCGGGGUGUGUCGCCGCCGUCCGUCGUCCCCGUUCGGCGCUGGGACGACUCGGUCCCGGGCCUCCCGUCGUCCAUGGUCGCAGCGAAGAAGUCGACGGUCGAUGACAACGGAACCCAGUACCUGGUCCGCCAUGACAUCGCCGUGCCGUUGACCCUGAUCGGCCGCAUCAAGGCCGAGACCGGCUGCACGUCGUUCGAGGCCGUCGCGGCGGUGAUCUGGCGGUGCCGCACCCGCGCGGCCAUGUCUCCCGGCGAGACAACCGCGCCGCUCUCCUUCCCGUGCAACGCGCGCGCUCUCGUCGGCGCCACGGCCGGCUACUACGGCAACUGCAUCGUCGGGCAGACGGUGCCGGCUACGAGCGGCGCGGUGGCGAGCAGCAGCCUCGCCGACCUUGCCCGCCUCAUCAGGCGCGCCAAGGAGAAGGUGCCGGACCUGCUGUCCGGCUCCAGCGACGGCGAGGCCGCAGCACCCGACGGCGGCGCCGAAGUGCAGCAGCUCGAGUGGUACAACGGGCUCGCCGUGGUAAGCUGGCUGAACCUGGGUUUCGAGGCGGCGGACUUCGGCGGCGGCGGCGCGGCGCGCGUGAUGUGGCACGAGGAGCGGACGCUGCUGCCGGGCUGCAUGGUGUGCCCGCCGUGCCGGGGGGACGCCAUGAACGUGUCGUCGCUUUGCGUGAAGCCGGAGCACGCCGACGCCUUCCUCGGGGAGCUCGCGAGGUUGACCACAGCUACGUAGUCGAGCCAUGAUAAGUCUGCGGUUCAAUAAAAGGCAGAUAGUUUGGACUUUGGACGGCAGCUACAUAGUUGACUGUAUUUAUUGUUCGACAAUUUCAAAUUAGCGUGGAUGAUGUACCCUAUGCGACUGAGCUUUAAAAUUUUAGUCAACCGAGCGUGGUAACUUUUUCUUUA